AUUAGACAGAUGACACUUUGACACGAAAUGACAACGGAACAACAAAGCUCUAAACGACCCUAGAGCAGAAACAAGAGAGCAAGAAAAAUUUGCUUGGUUAUUAAAUCUGUGUUACAAACUAAUACAAACGAACAGGCAUAUUGGGUGAAGUGGAAAAUAAUAUCAAAGAAUAUAGGUUUUUGAUAAUAUCAUCGAUCUUUGGCGCGAAAAGAAUCACGAAAGGGACGCUACGCUUGCGCAAAUUCAAUCAUUUUCAUUUCCUUUGUUUUCAAAGGCAGAUCCGAAGCCCGAAGCCGGUUGGCAAAUCAUCAAAUCAAGCACAAGCCGAUACUGAGAUUCUUCCAUUCUUCCGAUAGCGAUAGCCGAUCAAGAUCAAGUAACAAUCUUCUCUCCAUUGACCAUCCUUUGAAAAGCCAAGCGAACUAAGCGAAGCGAAGCCUUCUCUUUUACUUGGGACUUCUUGAAGAACUUGUUUAAAAAGUGAAAUAUGUCUGACGAGGAAGUUCAAACGAAAAAGGGACGCAAGGCGGCAGCAGAGAGUACCAAGCGUACGAAGAAGGAUUCAAAAGCUGAAGCCGCCAAUAAAGAAGAUGGUGAUGCACCCCCAGCUAAAAGGGGACGCGGGAGGCCAAAGGGAGGUGCUACUAAGAAGAAGACUGACACUAAAUCCAAGACAAAUGGAGUAGGAAGAAGAGGGAGAUCAAAGAAAGAAGAAAAGGAAGAAUCUGCAGAGGAGGAGAAUGGAGAGAAAAGUAGUGGAAAUGAGGAAGAGGAUGAUGACUAACAAAUUCAUUUAAAACUGUUAGAUUGAUUAAGCUCUUAUCUGUUUGUAUAAGGUUGACUGAAUAACUCAUAUUUUUUUUAGUGAAAGUGUGUUAGAUUGUAAAAUUUCAAGAUCAAACUGCUCUUUGAUUUCUUUCCAUAAUGGAUUUUUGUUCAAGAUUGAAUAAAUAAACUUUGUACAUAUUCAACUAUGUAUUUGUUUCAUUAUUUGAAUCUGAAAUAAUGCAUUUAUAGGGAAUUCCAUUCAUAAACCUGGUGGUGCACUGGUUUUGCACCCGCACUAUUCUCUCCAAAAUGUGAA